ACGUACUACUACAGGCCAUUAAAAAAAAAUGAGCCCCUUACCUUACAUGAUGGGUUGACUCAGCCAUCCCCCACUUCCCCCCUUUUUAAUUAUGACAUGAAAUCAACCCCUUUGGAUUAUUUACAACUAGUCAUCUCGACGAGUUCAACUAGACAUCUCUAUUACUACUAUUAUAAUAUGUAAAUUCAUUUAUAUUGUUAAUCUUCACUUACUUUACUUAUUGUCUUCUUACUUUUUUCCAAUAUCAUGAAAUGAUAGUGGCAAGAUGGCAAACAAAUUUUACUGCUACAAAAAUAUAUAAAAAUAGAGGUAAUCUUUCAAUUUUAGUGUUAUACUAUGAUGAAUUGAUGAUCUUUGUUAUCUCAUAUUUUGUCAUACACAUGUCAUACCACUAUGAUAAGACUGCAUAAUAUAAUUUCUCCACUUUCCUGCCACGAUGGUAGAACUGAAAUGGUGAUAUCAUUAAUCUGACAUUGUGUAAAAUGGUAUAUAAAUUUCUAUAUUCAAAAAUAUCAAGUUUAAUAUUAUCCGACUUUUUUACACAAUACUUACGAAAUAAAUAUAUGAGAGAUUGAAGUCGCCAAGUAUAAUAAACGGGGUUAGAUAUAUGGGUAUAUAAUUUCUAUAUGACAUGCACAACUUUUGGGUCAUCAACAUUAAAAAAAAAAAAACUUUUGGGUCAUCAACCUCGUCAUUUCCAUCCUAUUAAUACCCUCCACUCUUCUUCUCAACUCUCAUCAAACAUUUAAUUUCUCUUGCAACCUCCCCGGCAUAUGACACCCUCUGUUUUUGUCGCCCAAAUUAUAAAUAAAAAAAUCCCUCUCCAGGCCUCCCCUCACCGCCUAUAAUUGUCCCUCUGAAUUAUAUUCAACUUCCUCUUGUACUUCCGUCUGAAUCAGUCCGCCGUCAAUCGGCGAAGAUGAUAAAAAGCAAAAGGCCCAGUAAUGGGUACGGUAAAGUAAAGCACGAGCCUAUUAUUAGCUCGACGGCGAAGGAAGACGAGGCCGACGUAGAGUGGGAGAUGAGACCAGGCGGGAUGUUGGUCCAGAAGCGGACGGAGAAGAACGAAGCUCCGGCGCACAAUUUACGGGUUCGCAUUGCUUACGGUGCCCUCCGCUACGAGAUCUCCGUGAACUCUCAGGCCACUUUUGGGGAGCUAAAGAAGCUGGUGACGGCGGAGACGGGGCUAGAGCCAGGGGAGCAGCGGGUUGCGUUCAGAGGGAAAGAGAGGCAAAACGGAGAGUAUCUAGACAUUUGCGGCGUCAGAGACCGGUCGAAAGUGGUGGUGACGGAGGACCCGGCCAGCAUCGAGCGCCGGUACAUCCAGAUGCGCAAAUCCGCCGCCGUCCACAAAUCGCUCCGCGCCAUCUCCGACAUUUCAAUGGAGAUCGACAAGCUCGCCGAACAGGUGGGUGCGAUGGAGAAGUCGGUGGCGAGCGGAAACAGAGUGCCGGAAUUGCAGAUCACAACGCUGAUUGAGGUGCUGAUGAGGCAGGCGGUUAAGUUGGACGCCAUGGCUGCAGAAGGGGAGGCUUCUUCACGGAAAAUCAUUCAGAGCAAGCGAGUGCAGAAAUGCGUGGAGGCGCUGGACAUGGUGAAGAUGUCGAAUGGGAAGGUGGAGAAGCCGCCGGCGCCGGCGCCGGUGGUUGUAGCAACUACCAAAUGGGAGAUUUUCGAUCCUCCUGAUUUGAACCCUCCUCCGCCGGCUGCAUCAUCUUGGGAAUUAUUCGAUUGAUCAUAUAUGAUAUAAAUCUCUACCUCCCUGGUCAUUUGUAAUCUAAUCAUGGGCCUGAAUCAGCCUGAAUUGCAUUUGGAUUGAGUUAUAUGUAUUAAUCCAUGCAUAUGAAUUCGGCAAUUAACUUCAAAUGUGUAUGAAUUGAUAGUUUCAUUAGUCACAAGCCAAUUCACUUGUCUUUGAAGUUCAAUCCAAUGGACUGGUAGUUUAAUGUGUAAUGGAUUUUUGUGGAAGAACAAUUUAGUAAUAUAUUCCACAUUUCAGUAUUUGAAGAAUUCAUGUAUAUUGUAGGUUGAGUUGUGAGAACUUGUGUAAUAUUAUAAUGCAUUGUUUGGCUUGCAUGAGUUUAUGGUAGAACCCACAUAAUUUGGCAUGAAAUCUCAAAUACUUUGGGUAAACCCAAAGCAUUUGAGAUAUCAUGGUCACAUGAAUUCUAGAAUUACAUGGUGCACCAAUAUCAUGAUAUCUGUCCAAAAAUAAAACAAAAAAACAGUGAAAUCUCAUAUAUCAAGUAAUCUUAAAAUCCGUGGGUAGAUUACAUGCUUAACCCAUAGGACCUAAAGUUUUUUUAGUGAUGAUUAAAUAUAUGAACUAUUAACACUAGAAGGGUUUUCUUUUAAUUUUUUGUUGUUUUUUUAAUAAAUUACUUUGAAACCACAUUGGAACCACCUCGGCAUCGAUGCUGAUUGCUGACUUACACACAGAACGUCAAUUUUGAAGCUCAAUUAUAAAUACGAGAGUCAAAG